CGCCGCAUGUGGUGUCGAAUGGCAUGGCGAGCAAGCGGCCAAUGGUCUGGCGCUUGGUCCCGUCAUUCGGUAUAAUGGCUUGAGCAAAGCUGCGAUUGCUGAUCCUAUCGUUUGAUGGCUUGCCGAUCGGAACUCAUGGCAGACCGCGGAUUGCUCGAGGACGGCACGCUGUUUGAUGCCUCGGCACACGAUCCUAUUCGUUUCGAGAUCGGCGUUGGCAAGGUCAUCCGUGGAAUGGACGAGGCCCUGCUUGAGAUGAGCGUCGGCGAGCGAGCGACUCUGAUGAUCCCGCCCGAGUAUGGCUACGGCGAGGCCGGUGUUGCCAACACCAUCCCGCCCAAGGCCACUCUCUACUUUGAGGUCGAAUUGCUGUCCAUCGAACGACCCCAGCCCGCCGAAGAGCCCAUACAAGGCGAGGCUGGCUCGGUCUAGAGCCAAGACAGAAAGCCAAGACAGAGAGCCAAGACAGAGCCAAGCCAGGGACGGAGAUGCA